AUAUAAGUUUUUUGUUUGUUUUCAAGUAGAAUGUAAAAAGCAGUUUAAUUGUGUGUAAUUGUUUACACAUACCGGACUUAAAGAUGAAUUAUAGUAACAGCUCUAGCGCUGUGUUUUCAUUUAGGAGACAUUUCUUUAAGUUUCAGGUCGGGUCCACCCCGACACCGGCAUCUCUUCCAAGGCGAUGGGCAUCAUGAACUCUUUCGUCAACGACAUCUUCGAGCGCAUCGCCGGCGAGUCGUCUCGUCUCGCGCACUACAACAAGCGCUCCACCAUCACGUCGAGAGAGAUCCAGACCGCCGUGCGUCUGCUGCUGCCCGAAGGUGGCGCUAUUGUAACGGCUAUAAACCAGCAGAGUGCGGUCUUCACCUGCUUUGAGGCUGAAAUACUCUACAAGACUUUUGCUCAGAUCUUCAGUCUGGACUCGGACUCGUUGCAGAAGUCUGUCCCAGUCUGCUGAUUUGAUCAGUUAGUGUGUUUCUGUCUGAAACUUUCAAAAAGUCUGCAAGUGUUUGAUGUCUAGUUCAGAAAUAAUCUGUUCAGAUUUACAAGUCUUGUAGUGUGUUUCAGCCAUAAAGGGUGUUUUACCAUCACAUGCAUGAAUGUCCAUCUACACUAUUUAUGAGCAAGCUCUCUCUUCAUUAACAAAGUUCGGGAGGAGACGGAGCAUUUAAUCAGACCGGCUGGUCUACCAUCAGCGAUCACCGCGUCUACCCUAUCAACUCAAGCAAGCACUCUUAUAAAUAGGAAAACCAUUUUACCUGCUUCAUCUCUUCAGAUCAGCAUCCCUCCUCCACCCCUGAGCCCCUCACAAAGAUCAUUCUUCCGCAGGACCCCAGGGGGUGUGCUCUGGGCUCGAGCCGGUUCCGAGCUCGGCGCACUUGCCCUGGCCAGGGUAGAGUGCUUCGAGUUCGGAUAGAUCCGGCAGGCUCGGCGACCGC